UCUCGCGAGGACGCGGUAACGCUUAACACCAAGCGAAUUUGAGGGCGGUGGGAAGAAAUGAGGUCUGAUAAGGACCAAAUGACCGCGGGUAAGGAGAAAAGCAUCUUCGAGAUACAAUUAAAAGACGUCCCAAGAGAGCAAGAAAACAUUCCCGCCAACGCUAAGCCGAAAGAAGAGAAGAAGGAGGUUUUCACCAAGGUGGUUAUUCGAAGACUCCCUCCUAACCUGUCAAAGGAACAACUGGAAGAGCAUCUCAGUCCUCUUCCGUCUUAUGACUACUUUGAGUUUUUCCCAGCAGAUCAAAGUCUCUAUCCCCACCUCUUCUCCCGAGCUUAUAUCAACUUUAAAAGCACAGAAGACAUCCUGCUGUUCAGGGAUCGAUUUGAUGGCUAUGUCUUUAUUGACAACAAGGGUCAGGAAUAUCCUGCUGUGGUAGAGUUUGCGCCUUUCCAGAAGAUUUCCAAAAAGAAGCUGAAGAAGAAAGAUGCCAAAGCCGGAAGCAUUGAAGAAGAUCCAGAAUACAAGCGAUUUUUGGAAAACUACUCCUGUGAUGAGGAGAAGUCCAUGGCUAAUCCUGAGAUACUUCUUGGGGAGAUAGAAGCUAAGACCAGAGAGCUCAUUGCCAAACGAACAACACCUCUCCUGGAGUACAUCAAAAAUAAGAAAAUCGAAAAACAGAGGAUAAGAGAGGAGAAGAGGGAAGAGAGAAGAAGAAGGGAGCUUGAAAAGAAAAGGCAACGGGAGGAGGAGAAACGAAAGCGGCGAGAGGAGGAGAGACGCAAGCGAAAAGAGGCAGAGAAGCAGAAGAAACUGUCCGAUAAAGACAUCAAAAUUAAGCUCCUAAAGAAGAGCGACAGAGACGAUGACGUUGAUUCAGACCGAAUGAAGGAAAAAAGUGAGCCUUGUGAUGCAGGUGUGGGCAAGUGGGAGAAAACGGGAGGGCAAAUGAAGUCAAAAGAACCAAAAGAAAACAGAGGUCAGGCUGAGAGCGACAAAGAGCAGAGAGAUCAGCACGGCCGCAGGCAGAGAGAUAAGGAUCACCGCGGUAAGGACGAGGAGAGAAAACGGCAACGACACCACUACGAGUUUGAUAAGUUCAUGCGGCGGAAAGACGAGACCAAAUGGGGGAAGGGCUACUGCCAGGACCGAGCCAAGAAAGAGGGCCAUCAUCAUGGCUAUUCUUACUGUCCUGACGGGGCAGACAAAAUGGGAAAGGAGGACAGGGAGGACCUGAGCAACAGAAAGGAACGCCUCCGAAACAAGGUGAGCGAGAAGGACCGUCCUGCCAUGCAGCUUUAUCAGCCCGGCGCGCGCAACAGGAAGCGCAUGAGUUCGGCUAAUAAAGGCUAUGACUGCCUCCCUAUCGGCCAUUCCCCCGAAUGCAGGACGGAGCAUUGUUAUGAGGUUGUUGCCAUGACAGCGGGGAUCGAAAGGGGGUUUGAGAAAAGCAAAGACGAGCAGUGAAUACUCUAGGUCUCAAGAGGAAAGUAAUGGGGCAUAAAAAUCAGUAUUGAAA